GAAGACAACUCGCACUAUGUUGGGUACUCGUAUCUACUGAAUGGCGUGAUAAUGCUUUGGCCAACUCUAUGCUUAAUAAAUCGCACGUUCACUCAGAUUUUGUGUCAGUCAGUCGUUUUCUGCCAGGCAUACAUGAAACAUAUUUCAGUGAAAACCAGUCAUUGUUUAGAAUGUGCCUAGUUUCAGAAACUGUCAUCAACAUAUUGAUGUGAUCAGCUGGUGAUACCUGGACAGAAGCAGAGUAGGUCUAAAACUGUUGAUAGAACUUUUACUGUUGCACAGUUGGAUGCGAAGUGACAGCUGGAGUAUUUUGAAUGAACCGUUUUUGCAGGUGUAUAAAUAUCAAGUGGUCAUAGAAGGAAAACAUAAUUGUUGACCAGCAAAGAGAAAUAGACCAACAAUGUUGAACCAGCUUUUGAGAUUUGGAAGUGAUUUCACUCGAGAUAUUGGACUGUCCCCAGUGUCAGUGUACGCAGUCACCUUCCUGGUGGUUGUAUUGUCAGCUUUAUUCUUCUACAGAAAAAGAUCCAAGGUGUCUGUGGUUGGAAAACCAAGCCAUGAAUUUGAGUCAAUCCCAAAAGACCAAGAGGUCAUUGUUAUUGGUUCUGGUGUCUUGGGAUCGGUAUUGGCUACUGUACUGGCCAGGGAUGGACGCAAGGUCACGGUCAUUGAAAGGGAUCUGAAGGAACCAGACAGAAUAGUAGGGGAACUAUUGCAACCUGGGGGACUGGGAGCGCUCAAGAAACUUGGGUUAGGAGAUUGUGUCGAAGGAUUUGAUGCUCAUGAAGUGAAAGGCUAUGUCAUUCAUGACCUUGAGACCAAGGCUAAAGUUCAGAUCCCAUAUCCAAGCAGUGAGGACAAUGCCAUUAUAUCAGGAAGAGCCUUUCAUCAUGGGAAGUUUGUCAUGGCGUUGAGAAGAAAGGCUCAGAGUGAAAAAAAUGUAUCAUAUAUAGAGGGAACUGCAACAAAACUCAUUGAUGACCAAGGCUUCGUUGUCGGUGUUGAGUACAAGAAAAAAGGCUCAGAUAAAAUAGAGGAAAUAUAUGCCCCUCUGACAAUAGUUGUAGAUGGAUGCUUCUCCAAGUUCCGCAAACAACUAGUUACUGAAACUGUCAAAGUGUAUUCUCACUUUGUGGGGACUGUAAUGAAUGACUGUCCUCAGGCUCAACCUAACCAUGCAGAACUCGUGCUGGCUGACCCGAGUCCAGUAUUGGUUUACCAGAUCUCAUCGAAUCACACACGAGUGCUAGUUGAUAUUCGUGGAGGCAUGCCCAAAAACCUGAAGGAAUACAUGCUGGAACAUAUUGCACCUCAGUUACCUGAGCACCUGCAAGGACCCUUUGAAGACAGUGUAGUAAAUGGUCAAGUGAAAAGCAUGCCCAACAGUUACCUUCCCCCAGAGCCGAUGGAGAGGCCUGGUGUGUUUGUGCUGGGCGACGCCCUCAACAUGCGUCAUCCCCUGACUGGAGGGGGCAUGAGUGUCGCAUUGAGUGAUGCCAUCAUUUGGAGGGACCUGAUGAAGUCACUACCCUCUCUCACUGACUAUGAAGCCGUUAUCAAGGCCACGAGGCUGUUCCAUUUGAGGAGAAAGGGAAAUCAUUCCUUUGUUGUCAAUAUUCUUGCACAAGCUCUGUAUGAACUCUUUGCAGCUAAAGACACACAUCUCCAGAGUCUGAAGAGAGCAUGCUUUAAGUAUUUCAAAAUGGGAGGACAGUGUGUGGACGGACCUGUAGGACUGUUGUCAGUGCUCACUCCAAAUCCAUUCCUGCUGGUUGGACAUUUCUUUGCUGUGGCACUAUUUGCCGUAUUUGUUGUGUUUAAGACUGAACCAUGGUGGGCAAUGCACAGAGUUGUCUUCAGAUCAACCAUGAUAUUUUACAAGGCAUGUGGAGUUAUCUUUCCUUUAAUAUACAGGGAAAUGAAGUGUCUGUUUUGAUACACUGUCUAAAGGUGUGUUGAAUAUAUGAAACUCUACCUACAGGAAAUGAAAUGUAUAUUGUAGUGAUUUUGCUAGGGAUAAAUGCCACCUUUUCAGGAUUUUAUUAAUUUUUCAAUAGGAUAUUGUUCUAUUGAAGAUGACAGUCAGUCCGUCAGUGUAUAUUUCUGGUACUAAUGAGGCCAAAUACCAGUAGGACAUAGACUGAAGUGUUCAUCUAGUCUAUUGGAAUUUAAUAUAUUUAAAUUAAUGUAUGAUUAUCAUUAUUAUGCUGGACAUGCUGGUUUAAAAUAAUGUUAUACAUAAUUUGUGUAUAUUGCAGAGUGAUAUUGUGUGAGAAUGUUUCACAGAAAUUUUGUAUGUUGCAGCAGAGUGAUAUUGGUGUUACAAUGUUUUACAUAAUUUAUUGUAUUAUGAAUUAUA